AUGCCCAUCAUUCUAGCACCAGCAUCAUUUGCACAAGCUCGUAUGUGGCUUGACGAAAAAAUUCAAUUCGAACCAGAUAAGCCUCAAACAGCAAUCUAUAAUAUGCCAUUUGUUUAUCGUCUGCAACCAGGUCAUACUUUAUCUGUUAAACAACUUCGUCAUGCUCUUCAUCUAACUGUUAACAAACAUUCCUCACUUCAUACAUCACUUCAUUUUGACAUCGAAAAGAAUCUACUUAUGCAACGAGUUAUCACUCAUGAAGAUAAACAUAAUAAUAAUGAUAUGGUUUCAAUCAUUGAAACUACUUAUGAAACAGAUGAACAACUCAAUGAGAUUUUACACGAUGAGAAACGUAAUCCUCAUCUUUUCGAUCUGACUCAAGGUCUUGUCUUUCGAUGUCAUGUUAUUUAUCAUAAACAAAUCUUUCCAAAUCAUCUUCUUUCUGACAAAGGUCUACUUGUUUUCAGCUUUCAUCAUGCUGCAUUUGACUUUCCAUCAAUGGAAGUAUUUCUGCAAGAUCUCAAUCAAGCAUAUACAACAAGCCAAUUACUAUAUGACAACAGUACUAAUCUACGUUAUCUCGAUUAUGCUGUUAUUGAACAAGAAAUGUCAAUGACUGGUGCAACUAUGUUUUGGCUUGAUGCUCUUCAUAACUGUAAACUUGAUCAACCUUUACCAUUACCUUUUGAUCGAUAUCGUCUCUCAAAUGAACAUCGAACUGGUAGUAGAGCAACUAUUUCUUUUGAUUUUGGUCAAGAUCUCUCACAUGACUUUCUUAUUCAUGCAUCAUCGAACAACAUAUCGCUUGAACAUCUCACAUUUGCUAUGUACUUCAUCUUUCUAUUUAAAUUAACUAAUGGACAAACAGAUAUAUGUCUGGCUGUGAACGUCAAUAAUAAUCGAUAUAGUGAGGAACUCAAAGCAAUCAUUGGGCUGUUUGAGAAUGCUAUUCCAUUACGAUGUCAGUUAGAUCCUCAUUGGUGUUUACAUAAACUACUCGAAUAUAUUCAAGAGAUAACAACAAAUAGUAUGAAAUAUUCAUAUUUUCCACUUCAACGUAUUCUCAACCAACAUCCACAUAUCUCAAAACAUGCAUUUCUUGAUACAUCUUUGGAAUUCAUAUCAUACAAGAGCAACAACUACAACAAUGCAAUUAUGAUUGGUGAUUCUCAACUUGUGCCAGGAUCUUUCUCAUUCAAUAUCAAUGAAGAUGAUAUACUAAGUAUAUCCGACUUCUCUCUUUCUAUUAGUCAUGAUAUGAGCAUGAAUCUAUUAUCAUGCACAAUCAAUGCAUCACUUGACUUAUUCAAUCGACAGACAGU